AUGGAUUGCAUGACUGAUGCGAAGAGGGCGCAUCGAGGGUCCCCGGGUCAACCAGCGCUCGACAAGAGGUCAGCAGGGGUCACAGGACUUUCUCCCCCGGCAGACUCAGGAAGCAAAUCAAACUUCAAACAGCGGCUGAUCAUCUGGGGGGUAAUUGCAAAUCUAGUGAAGCCCUCAUUCUACUUGGAGUGGACCCUCUUUCUUUUCACGCCAAACAAGAGGCAGAGGAACCCGUGCAGCAGGAUGGAGAAAACCUGGACCAGAAUGAUAUGCAGCUUCAUCACAUUUGUGAGCGUAUGUGUACGAAGAGCUGGAGUGGCAGCUGACAAACCCAGGACUGCAGCGAGCCAGCUGCCCUCCGAGUACAGUGACAGUCUUUGUCUUUAA